UUCCUAGCUGGCAGAUUUAUCAGUUUGAAUUCUGUAGCGGUUCUCUAAUGUGGUCUUGACUUAUUAUUGGUUGUUUUCAAAUAUCUAGAUUGGUGUUCUGAACGUAGAAUGUUGAAAUAUCCAUCUUAUCUAGUGUGUGUGUAAGAUUUCCAACUAAACCUACAAAAUGUUCGAUGAUAUAAGGAGGAAAUUUGAAACAGAUGGCUUCGCAGUUAUCGAGCGAUUCUUCAGUGAAGCAGAAGUAGAGGAGAUGAAAAAUGAAUGCCGAAAUCUAAUAAAGUCCAUGCCAGGUGAAUCGAAACGUACAGUUUUCAGCACAACUGAUCCACAAAGUCAACAAAAUAAAGAUGAGUAUUUCUUAGAAAGUGGCGACAAAAUCAGCUAUUUCUUCGAGGCAGGCGCCAUUGGUCCCAAUGAGGAACUUCUGGUAGAACCAGAAUUGUCUCUCAAUAAAAUCGGUCAUGCUCUCCAUGAACUCAAUCCGGUAUUCCGGAAAUAUACCUUCUGCGAGAAAGUUAAGGAAGCUGCCUUUCAAUUGGGAUUUGAGGAACCUGUGAUUCCUCAAAGCAUGUAUAUAUUCAAAAACCCUGGUACUGGCAGUGAAGUAACCGCUCAUCAAGAUGCUUCCUACCUCCACACCGAUCCUCUUCAUCUGGCAGGAUUCUGGAUAGCUCUGGAUGAUGCCACUGUGGAAAACGGCUGUCUCUGGUUUGCCAGAGGAUCACACAAGAGCGGAGUUCACCGAAGAUACAUUAGGAACCCCGAUAAAAGCUCAGAAGAUUUGCUCAUUUAUACGUCACCUCCAACGUAUUAUCAAACAAGCAGUUUCUCGGCCUGUCCUGUACCUAAAGGUAGUUGCGUGCUGAUACAUGGACAAGUAGUUCAUUUCAGUGAAUCCAAUAAAUCGAAGAAACCAAGGCAUGCUUAUACGUUUCAUGUGGUUGAACAAAAGAAUACAACAUAUUCAAAUGACAACUGGUUGCAACCGAAAGAGAGGCCAUUCGUAAAUCUGUACAGAAAUUAACUUAGUUUCCCAAAGACGAAAACGUACAUUAUUGGGGGAAAUUAUUAUGUAGGUAUACUCGAACUACUCGGAGUCAUGUAUAAAGAUGUUAAUAAAGAAUAUAGUCAAACGCUAUUGUUUGAAUAAUCAUAAUUUUGUUUCCU